AUGAUCGGAGCUACCAGGCGCUGGUUUCGCCGCAAUCGCAAAGGCCUCGCAAUAGGAGCCGGUAUUAUCGGCGUGGGCUACGUCGCCGGACAAUAUGUGUUAUCCAAGUUUACAGAAGCACGCGAGCGCAUGAACAGUGACAGGAUAGCCAAGGAAAAUCUCCGUCGACGAUUCGAACAAAACCAAGCCGAUUGUACCUUUACCGUACUCGCACUUCUCCCAACAGCGACUGAGAAUAUCCUUGAAGCUCUUCCGGUCGAAGAGCUCACCCAAGAGUUGCAGAGGAAACGAGCAGAGCGACUAGCCAGAACUAGCGGGUCAGAUGUGCUCACAUCCGAGCCGAGUUCUUCGACGGCUCCUAGUGUCACAGAAGAGGAUGGCAAGAGUUUGACCAGCUUCCAGGCUGAUAGCUUUAUCCAUGCGAGCCAGUUGGCUGAUUCCACAACGUCGGAUGAGCGGCCUAGACGGAGCAAGGCACAGCUGUGGAAUGAUGUCAAGAUAUUCUCAAUAACGAGAUCCAUCGUCCUCAUAUAUACAUUGUCUCUAUUGACUAUUUUCACCCGAAUCCAGCUCAACCUCCUCGGUAGACGGAGCUAUCUCUCCAGUGUCCUCGCACUCGCCAGUCCCGUGGGAUCAAGCAUCCGCCUCGAAGACCACGCCGAUGAUUCACAAGCGUUCGGUAAUGAUUUUGAAACCAACAGACGGUACUUGACAUUUAGCUGGUGGCUGUUGCAUCGAGGAUGGAAGGAUCUGAUGGAGAAUGUCCGCGUCGCCGUGGAGGAGGUAUUCGGACCGCUCAACCCUCGGGAAGAUAUUACACUCAACAAGCUCUCGGAGUUGAUGUUAGAUGUCCGUAAACGGGUUGAGGGAGCUACAGAGGAAGAUCGAAAGGUCAAACCAUGGCUCCCAUAUUUGCUUCCUCGAAAGGAAGAUGAAGAUAUGGUAUUGCAAGAAUCAGGAGUACUCAGCUCCGACACGUCAUCAUCACCACAAACGACAGCCAACUUGAGACAACUACUCGAUGAGACAUCCGACCUGAUCGAGUCUCCCUCAUUCAGCCGGAUUUUGACAUCAUUGAAUAAUGAAGGUUUCGCCAAGCUAGUUGAGCAAAAGUGCGCUAAUAGUCUCUUCAAACAACCAACAUCUGAGCCAGCUCCUAUGACUACCUUCUCUUCGGCUGCUACCAUCGUCCCAGCUUCGUUGUCGUCUUCGCCCAAGGCCAAGCUUGCAACAGUUUUGGCUCUGAUUACCCGCGAGAGUCACGUUAUUGGAAACGGUACAAAUCCACCCAAUGAAUAUCUCGAAGCAAUGGAACAGAGUGUUCAGGAAUUGGAGGCUUUUGCUGCUGUGAUUUAUAGCUCCAAUUUUCAUCUUGGACUACUAGAGUCUGAAAAUGCUGCUUCCGCCAAAGUUGUGGAGGAAACUCAAUCAGGAUUGAGACCAGCUGAUAUUGCUUCAACUGAGCAAUCGAUAGCUGCGAAGGAAGAGAAGGAAGCAUCGAUAGUUGAUAAUGCAUUCGAGAAGAUUUGGGGGAAAGCCGUUGAGCGUUCUGGUUCUGGGGAUGAGGCGUAA